GCUAUAUGACACAGUUGGAGAGAAGUGUUGACUAUCCUGCUAGAACCACACUUCCCGGAACUCUGUGGUCGUACGCACUCGAGUUAUGACGAGAAGUGAGCAGCUUGGCUGGCUCCUGUGCUGCGUGUAAUUAUCACUCCUACUGCAGUACGACAGACAGUGUGUGGUCAGGGCCGAUCUUCUGCUGUUUUCACAUUCUGCUGACCUGUCAGCGCACGUUCACCAUUUAGAUAGGUCCCGAUCCGAGAAGGCGGAGCUUCAAGGUACACUCGUGUGCUUCCUCCUCCUCCCUCUUGAUACAGUCUGCGCGAUGCACUUGGAUCUUAAAACAGUCGUCUCUGAUCUCUGGAUAAAUAUGUAUAACCCGUUAGCCUCAAGAACCUGUCCGUUCACCAUCAGUUCCUUGAUGACGGCAACCACACCGGACUCCUACCUCACAAUCACGAGCCACCAGCCGAGCUUCACUCCAACAGGAUCGUUACCAGGAGCUGUCCCCCGAACAUCAACCGGGGACUACUGCUACGAAUGGGCCACUUCGCCUCUGCAGCCUUCGCCGACCAGCCAUAACUCCACCUCUCCUGUCAAGGAUAUGGAAGCAUUUCUUCUAAAUGCGAGCACGGAGAGACCAAGCUUAGCGGAAACCUACCGGGCCACCACGGCCGACACAUUUGCCGUCCAGGAUUACAAAGAUUCAGGGAGUAGUUCCCAGUCUCCUAUUCAUCCUGACCCUUCGUACAGCCCGAACAAGCCCCUGCAUCCAAAAUUGGUGAACGUAAACUGUAACUUAGAAAUGAAGUCUCUUUGGGAAGAAUUUAAUCAGCUUGAAACAGAAAUGAUUGUCACUAAGGCUGGAAGACGAAUGUUCCCGUCCUUUCAAGUGCGUGUAUACGGUAUGGACGCUCUGACAGAAUAUAUGAUGAUGAUGGACUUCGUUCCAGUGGAUGACAAGCGGUACAGGUAUUCCUUCCAAAGCUCCACGUGGGUUGUAUCCGGUAAGGCAGAUCCAGUCAUGCCUCCACGAAUCCAUGUUCAUCCUGAUUCUCCUGCUAAAGGUAGCCAAUGGAUGAAACAGGUUGUUUCUUUUGACCGAUUAAAGCUGACCAAUAAUCAAAUGGACGAUAAUGGUCACAUCAUUCUUAAUUCCAUGCAUCGCUACCAGCCAAGGUUUCACGUUUUAUACCGUAACUCUAAAGAUGAGGAUCCCAGUCGAACUCAAAACUUCAAAACGUUUGUUUUUCCAGAAACCAAAUUUAUUGCAGUUACAGCUUACCAGAACCAUAGGAUAACACAACUUAAGAUAGCUAGCAAUCCAUUUGCGAAAGGUUUCAGAGAAGGAGAAAGCCAAAGUUGGUCUGCUUCUUCAGCCUUAUCCGAUAUCCUAGCCAGAAUUCCACCCAUCCAGAGACCUCCAAAUCCCCAAAGACCAAGCUCUCUGAAACUCUUAGGUCUUUCUCAAGCUUCACCAGUGGCGAAAGCUGAAAAAGAAGACCAAAACGACGAAUUGUCCGGUGGAAGUCUUUUAUCUCGGGUUAUCGGAUCCAGCAUACAGCUUACUGGAGGACUUCAUGUACCUUCACAACUACCCCGUGGGGACCAAGGGGGAUGUCCUGUUGGGCAGCCAUAUGCAGAUGAUGUUUGUAACUAUGGUCCUGUCUAUGACAAUUACAUGUAUCAAAUGAAGAAUAACAAUUCUCCAUACUCCAGGCCUGCGGUUCAUUAUCCUGGUUACCAAAGUACUCAAAGAUAUAAUGGUCUGUACCCUUCGUGACCAGUGUAAGAUAUAAGAUUAGUACAGCUUUAGUGAAACUGUUGUGUUUAAUUUGUAUAUAAAAGAAGACUGGUAGUUACAAGCAUUCCGGAAAAAUAACGUGAAAGGCAAAUUCAUACACAGUUGGUAUUGUAACCGAAGACAAAGCUUAAUAUUUUUUUUCCUUUCUAUAAAUGUUUGUUUGACCACAACCAAAUGUUAAGUCUUCUCUAGAAAAAAGAAGAGAACGUAUAUAUUUAUCUUUAAAAGGUGUUGUAAGGAUUAAUAAUAUAUUUGUUCUAACGAAAAUUACAGUUAAAGGUAUCAUUUAGAGCAUAAUAAAAUCUCUAUGAAAACUGAGAUGACAAAAUACUGAAAGAAAGUGAGAAACAUGAAGAUCAUAGUAAACUCUGUCAUUUAAUCAGCCACCAUUACGAUAUAUACUAUAUAAUAACGAUAUCAUCCCGGUGGAUUAUUGUAUCAUAUAUUGUGAUGUUUAAACUUAUAUUUAUCACGACGUAAACGGAAUGUUUCUCAGUGUAAACAAUUCAGAUUACAAAUUAUAGGACAAUAAAAUACAAGGAUGUUCAUACAAUCAAAAAAAUCUAGUUUUUUUUUUAAGUUUGUAUAUUAAUACUCUCACGUGUAAUAAUUCUGUUUUAUUCAUGUUUAUUUAAGAGUGUUUUAGAAACCGUUUAUGAUUACAAGAAUUAUACCAGUAUAUCCACGAACUGUGCAGCUCCUUCGAAUUGAUUGGAGAAUCAACUAUUCGACUUGUUCGCAAUAAAAAAUUGUUUUAACCAAAA